GUUCGCUCCGCCUUAUUUUCCCAUGGCAUCAACGCACAUUUUCUUUGCAAUGUUGAUCUCAUUGAUGAUAAGUUGUUUAAUCACCAGCAGUGGAGUUUUGUCGAGAGUAGCUUUGGAAAGGCAGAGAACUUUAUGGCAAAAGCAGGUGAGUCAGUGGACCCUGGAUUCGUCGGUAGACAGAAAGUGCUAGGAGUUGGAGGAUCUGAAUCAUCCUUCAUUUAUCAAACCUGCAUGAUGGAUUGUGAUUGGAUGAGUGAAGAAUUGGUGCCAACGAUGCUGUUCACGCAGUACUUGAGUCAAUGCGAAGGCAAAAACUUUCUUCGGUCACUGUGUCGCCCACUUUGGCGCGGCAUUCGAGGUGAUGGUCUAGCCUAUGGUGCCAACAUAUAUGUGAGAUCAGAACGAAGGACGAUCACAUUAUCUCUAUAUAGGUGUGCACAACCAAUUGAAGCUUACGAGCGUUCAAAGAAAAUUGUGAAUGAUGUUUUAAAGAGCGGCACUAUAGUAGAGUCUGAGUUUGAGGCAGCGAAGAGGUCUCUGAUUUGCGAAUUGAUGGAACGGGAGGAGACGGUCAGUGGAGCUGGAAAGUUAUCAAUUAUCGGACAAAUUAGAGGAACCCCAGCUGACUAUAGAAAACAACUUUGUCAGCGUGUAUGGAAUACAUCCAUUGAGGAUAUGGUCCGAUUGGGUGGUCCGAGAGUAGCGAUGUUGUUUGAGAAGUAUGCCCGAGCGAUUACAGUACAUCCAUCGAAGAUAGCUGAAAUUAAGUCUUCAUUCUCGGGCAUCGAAGAAGCUGCUGUUUCGUCGCUGAACUUCAUCCCACCACUUUUUUCAUAA